AUGUUAAUUGAUCAUGAAAGAACAUCUUUAUCUACAAUAAGACAAAGUCGAAAUCGAUUAAAAUAUAUAAAUAGAAAUGGAAAUGAUAAAAUUAAAUCUAAUGGAUUACCUUGUUAUCAUCGAAAUUAUGUUCGUUUUCCAAAAAGUUCAUCACGUUCACGUUCACGUGAUAAUUCAAAAUUUGUUCAACUACGUUCAUCGAUUGAUUAUCGAAAAAAAUUAAUCUUACUUGUUCUACAAAUUAUUGUUUUACUUCAUAUAUGUUCUCUGAUCUAUUGUCAUCGAAAACAAUCUGUAUUUGUUGUUAAAUAUACCAUAAUAACACUUGUUCUUUUCAAUUUCUUAACAUAUAGUUGUGUUCAAUAUGAUACACGACAAGCAGAACAUGGUGGAUUAUUAUUAGGUGAAAGUCCACUUCUAUUUUUACUCUGGUAUGGAGGAAUUAUUGGUGGAGGACUUGCAUUACUUAUCGAAAAACAUAAAUAUCUUCGAAGUCAAGCAUUUACUUCUCGACUAAAAAUGAUUAUUAUAUUCAAUGCUACCUGGCCUUUUAUUUUCUAUAUCUUAUAUAUGUGUCGAAACGAAUUUUUAUACGUAGAAACUUCUAGUGUGUUAUUGUCUCAUUUCGAAGCCCAACAUCAUUUGUAA